AUGUCUGCUCACGAUGAAUCCCACGGGACCCAACCGAGCUCAACCGCUGAGACUGAGUCUCGGGAUUGCUUGGGGCCCGCUGUUGCAAAUGAAGAGACCCGACUCUUGGAUACCGAUCUACCGCCACAUGUUGUCCCAAGCCGGUCAUUUCAAAACGUUGUCGUGAGCAUGUGUGUGCUAUUCCUGUUCAUUGUCGAGGCCAGCCAGUUCAUCAUGGGCCCGCCUCUGCAGCAAGUCGCGGAGGAUCGCAUUUGCGGCGAAUUCUAUCCCGACCACGAGCUGGGGCUGGUUACACAGGACGAUGGUAGGUGCAAGGACAAGGCCGUCCAGAAGGAGCUGGCCAUGCUGCGGUCGUGGCAGAUUUCGGGGGAAAUGUUUGUUCCCUUUUUUGUCCAAAUCCCGUAUGGCAUCAUUGCCGACAAGUAUGGGCGCCGACCAGUCUUGUUCCUGGCCUUGUUUGGAGCCGGUCUUCAGACGGCUUGGCUUCUCAUGGUCUUGAGCUUGCCCCAGACCUUCUCUGUCUGGUCCAUUCUGUACGGCAACAUCGCCUACCUGAUUGGUGGUGGCGGUACCAUGGCCGGGGCCAUGGUCUGGACUCUGAUCGCCGAUGCUAUUCCCGUGGCCAGGCGAACAAGCAUCUACUACUUGCUAUAUGCCAUGAUCCUCAUAUCGGCCGUAGUCAUCAACCCACUCACAGCCGCCUUGUUGAGCAUCGACCCUUGGAUCGCAAUAUGGCUGGGUUUCGCUAUUCUCGUGGCUGGUACUUUCGCCUCUCUUUUGGUUCCCGAGACGCUACAUCUUCGACAAACAGCCGAUACCCGACCAGCCAGCGUUGGCGGCUCAACACACGUUUCAAACCAUCUGCCCAAGUCAUGGUUUCAGCGCGCUGUGUUCACUGCGGCAAACGACAUGAGCCACAUCUGGCGAUUCAUCUUUGCUUCGACGAGCGUCAUGAUUCUCAUGGUGGCGUACGCGCUGCUUUUUCCCAUCAAGCUGAAUGCCUUUGCCAACUCGCUCCAGUACAUGACGAAACGAUUUGAAUGGAAGUGGUCAACGGCAACGUAUGUCUCGACCAUCAGCAACAUUACAGCGUUGGUCGCCCUUUUGCUUCUCUUGCCAGCAAGUUCUUGGCUCCUUGUCAACCGUUGCGGGUUCGGCCCUCUGAGCCGCGACCUGUUCCUGACCCGCAUAUCUGUCGUUUUCGUCAUUGUCGGGUCGCUCCUAACAGCUAUUGCCCCGGUGCCGUGGCUGUACAUUUCAGCUCUCAUCAUCACCAGUCUUGGUGUGGGAUGUAUAACACUCUGCCGGGCGUUGUUGAAUGCCAUUGUUGAGCCUCACACCGUAGCUACUUUGAACACGACUGUGUCCAUGCUGGAAACCAUGAUGGGCUUGAUCGGAUCCCCCGUUUUAGGCUGGCUCCUCAGCAAAGGCAUGGAUCUUGGAGGACUGUGGAUGGGACUGCCGUAUCUCGUUUGUGGCGCAUUGGCAAUUGGAUCGGGAUUACUGCUUGCUGCCUUUAGGCUUCGACGGGGAUUCGCGCAGGCGGACUAG